CUCCUGUCUGUUUAUUCCGGCACAUUCUCCGCUCCUCUCCCCUCCCAUAACCCGCCGCCCCUGUUGCUCACGCCGGCGCACGUCCGUCACUUUAAAAAGGAAACGUCUCCUGCCUCGCGACCAAGAGUCCCGCGUUUUAGAGCUAUUGACAUUUUCCUUCGGAUUCGGACCGGGGCAUCAGCAGCCCGGUUUUAGCCACAGCCAUGGCGCAUGCUGCCGCCCACAUUAAGAAGGCCAGGUCUGAGAUGGAUCAAACUGCCGAUCUGAAGGCUCUGGAGAAAGCCAAAGAGAGACGGCGGCGUUCCCGGGAACAGGCAAAGCGCAAGUCCGACAGCAACACCAGUUUCUUGCGAGCGGCGAGAGCAGGAAACAUUGACAAGGUUCUGGAAUAUCUGAAAGGGGGCGUCGACAUCAACACCUGCAAUCAGAAUGGUCUCAACGCACUGCACCUGGCAGCCAAGGAGGGCCACGUAGACCUGGUUCAGGAGCUGCUAGAAAGGGGAGUUGCCUUGAAUUCUGCCACAAAGAAAGGAAAUACAGCUCUCCACAUCUCCUCUCUCGCGGGUCAGAUUGAAGUGGUGAAGAUUCUGGUCAAGCAAGGUGCCGACAUCAACACACAAUCCCAGAAUGGAUUCACUCCGCUCUACAUGGCCGCCCAGGAGAAUCACUUGGAUGUGGUGCGAUACCUUCUCGAGAACGGGGGCAACCAGAGCACUGCCACAGAGGAUGGCUUCACCCCUCUGGCCAUUGCUCUUCAGCAGGGCCACAAUCAGGUGGUUUCCAUUUUAUUGGAGAAUGACACAAAAGGAAAGGUCCGUUUGCCGGCCUUGCACAUCGCCGCUCGCAAAGACGACACCAAAUCGGCAGCCCUGCUCCUCCAGAACGACCAUAACGCCGAUGUCCAGUCCAAGAUGAUGGUCAAUAGAACCACAGAGAGUGGAUUCACACCACUGCAUAUCGCCGCUCACUACGGCAACGUCAACGUGGCCACGCUUCUGCUGAACCGAGGGGCCGCUGUGGACUUUCUUGCAAGGAAUGGCAUCACUCCUCUUCAUGUGGCGUCCAAGCGAGGAAACACUAACAUGGUCUGCUUACUUUUGGACCGCGGCUGUCAGAUCGAUGCUAAAACAAGGGAUGGCCUUACUCCUCUCCAUUGUGCGGCCCGGAGUGGACAUGACGUUGUCGUGGAGUUGCUGCUGGAGAGAGGAGCUCCUCUGCUGGCCAGAACCAAGAACGGCCUGUCUCCCCUCCACAUGGCGGCGCAAGGUGACCAUGCAGAAUGUGUCAAACACCUUCUGGAACACAAAGUGCCCAUUGGCGACGUGACCUUGGACUAUCUGACCGCACUUCACGUGGCGGCGCACUGUGGACAUUACAAAGUCACCAAGCUGCUCCUGGACAAGAGAGCCAACCCCAACACCCGGGCUUUGAAUGGUUUUACGCCGCUACACAUAGCCUGCAAGAAGAACCGAGUUAAAGUCAUGGAGUUGCUGGUCAAAUACGGCGCCUCCAUUCAGGCCAUUACAGAGUCUGGAUUGACUCCCAUCCACGUGGCCGCCUUCAUGGGUCACCUGAACAUCGUCUUGUUGCUGCUGCAAAACGGAGCCUCUCCGGAUAGGAGUAACAUUCGUGGAGAAACAUCGCUACACAUGGCCGUCCGGGCAGGCCAGGUGGAGGUGGUUCGCUGUCUGCUAAGAAACGGAGCCAUGGUAGACGCCAGAGCUCGGGAGGAACAGACUCCCCUCCACAUCGCCGCCCGUCUGGGCAAAACAGAGAUUGUCCAGCUCCUUCUGCAGCACAUGGCGCACCCUGACGCCGCCACGGCAAACGGCUACACGCCGCUCCACAUCGCCGCCAAAGAAGGACAAAUGGAGACGGCCUCCGUUCUCCUGGAGGCGGGGGCCUCGCACUCGCUCGCCACGAAGAAAGGAUUCACUCCCCUGCAUGUUGCCUCCAAGUACGGAAGCCUGGAUGUGGCCAAACUUCUGCUUCAGCGACGCGCACCGCCCGAUUUCGCGGGGAAGAAUGACCUGACGCCACUUCAUGUUGCAGCGCAUUACGAUAACCAAAAAGUGGCGCUCCUGCUUCUGGAAAAAGGAGCGUCUCCCCACGCUGUUGCCAAGAACGGCUACACUCCUCUCCACAUUGCGUCCAAGAAGAACCAAAUGGACGUGGUCUCCGCGCUGCUGAAGCGCGGCGCCGAGACCAACAUGGUGACCAAACAGGACGUCACUCCGCUCCACUUGUCCUCGGAGGACGGCCACGCUGACAUUACCACCUUGUUGCUGAGCAAUGGAGCCCACGUCAACACCCCCACCAAGGGUGGCCUUACCGCCUUGCAUUUGGCAGCACAAGACGACAAAGUAGCAGUGGCGGAGAUUCUUGCCAGAAAUGGAGCAAACCUCAACCAGCAGACCAAACUGGGCUACACACCGCUUAUUGUUGCCUGCCAUUAUGGCAACACCAAAAUGGUCAACUUCCUGCUUCAAAAUGGUGCUAGUGUGACCGUAAAGACCAAGAAUGGGUACACCCCGCUUCACCAGGCCGCCCAGCAGGGGAACACACACAUCAUCAACAUUCUGUUGCAAUACGGUGCCAAGCCCAACGCUAUCACCAUGAAUGGUAACACCGCCCUGGGCAUUGCUCAAAGGCUGGGCUACAUCUCGGUGGUGGACACGUUGCAGGUUGUAACGGAGGAGAUUGUCACCACGACAACGAUGGUUACAGAAAAGCACAAACUGAAUGUUCCGGAAACAAUGACUGAAAUACUCGACGUCUCCGACGAAGAAGGAGAUGACACCAUAACUGGAGACGGAGUUGAGUAUUUACGAGCUGAGGAUCUCAGAGAGCUCGGAGAUGACUCUUUACCAGGACGAUAUCUGGACAGCAUGAACUACCUCUGCUUCAACCACGAGGGGCCCCACACUCUCAGUGCGGAGAAGUCCUUUACGUCCUCUUGUCAAAACUACUACCAAAAACACGAAGGCACUACGGAGGAGAUGCUCAAUCGUCAGAUUUCUGCACUCUGGAGGGAAACAGAGAGCGAUUCGUACAGACUGAGCUGGAGCACAGACAACCUAGACAACAUAGCUUUCACUUCAAGCCCCGUCCACACCGGCCAAUUCUCUCCGUGCCGUGACCACGCAGACCACAGCAGUUUCUUAGUCAGCUUCAUGGUCGACGCGAGGGGCGGAGCCAUGCGGGGUUGCCGCCACAAUGGCCUACGUAUUGUCAUCCCUCCGAGGAAAUGUGGCGCUCCCACGCGAGUAACCUGCAGGCUGGUCAAGAGGCACCGGCUGGCCAGCAUGUCACCCAUUGUCGAAGGGGAAGGUCUGGCGAGCAGGUUUAUCGAAGUGGCGCCCUCUGGGGGCCAGCUCCUCGGUAAGCUCCACCUCCCCAGUGCCCCUCCCCCUCUCAAUGAGGGUGAAAGUUUGGUGAGCAGAAUCCUCCAACUUGGACCGCCAGGGACAAAUUUCCUGGGUCCCGUCAUCGUGGAGGUGCCGCACUUUGCUUCCUUGCGAGGGGGUGAACGAGAACUUGUCAUCUUGAGGAGCGAGACGGGGGACGGCUGGAAGGAACACCACUGCGAAUAUACCCAGGAAGAACUCAACCAGUUCCUCAACAGCAUGGAUGAAGAACUGGACUCCCCGGAAGAGCUCCAGAAGAAGCGCAUUUGCCGCAUCAUCACGAGAGAUCUACCGCAAUACUUCGCUGUGGUAUCCCGUAUCAGACAAGAUAGCAUUCUCAUCGGUCCAGAAGGAGGUGUGCUGAGCAGCACCGUAGUGCCCCAAGUGCAAGCAGUUUUUCCAGAGGGGGCCCUAACCAAAAGGAUCCGGGUCGGCCUACAGGCCCAGUCUGUAGGUGUUGACGUUGUCCAGAGGACCAUCAGGAACAAGUCCAGCUUCAGCCCCAUCGUCACCCUGGAGCCGCGUCGACGGAAGUUCCACAAACCUAUCACGGUGACCAUGCCGGUCCCAAAAGAGUACUCUGACCUGGCGGGUCUCCAGCACGGUUUGGGACGAGACACGCCAACACUACGACUGCUGUGCAGCAUCACAGGCGGAACAACGCCGGCCCAGUGGGAGGACAUCACCGGAACCACCCCGUUAACGUUUAUCAACGAUCGCGUGUCCUUCACCACCAACGUCUCUGCCAGGUUCUGGCUCAUCGACUGUCGGCAAGCGCAAGAGUCGGUGAGUUUCUCGUCUCAAGUGUACCGCGAGAUCAUCUGCGUGCCCUACAUGGCCAAGUUCCUGGUCUUCGCCAAAACCCACGACCCCAUCGAGGCUCACCUGCGCUGCUUCUGCAUGACGGACGACAAAGUGGACAAAACUCUGGAGCAGCAAGAGAACUUCACCCAGGUGGCUUGCAGUCGCGAUGUGGAGGUUUUGGAAGGAAAGCCCAUCUAUGCAGACUGCUAUGGAAACCUGGUUCCUCUCAUCAAAAGUGGCCAGCAUCAUGUCUUUAGCUUUUACGCCUUUAAAGAGAACCGACUAACUCUGUUCAUCAAAAUCAGGGACGACACUCAGGAGCUCUGUGGGCGCUUGUGUUUCAUGAAGGAACCUCGCACUUACCGAUCACCUGGACAAAACGCCAUAUGCAACCUUAAUAUUACGCUGCCAUCGUAUAGUAAGGAUAUGGAUCCUGAUCAAGACAAUGAGACCAACCAAACGCUGGACAAAUAUGAAACCGGGGCAGAGACGUCAGAUAUCCGGCGAUCCGAGCCAAAUCGAGAACAGGACCUUCUAUCUGACGUGUCGGAGAUGAAACAAGACUUGAUGAAAAUGACGGCCAUUUUAACAUCCUCAGAUAAUCCCUUAGAGGCACCGUCCAGUCGAGAGAAGGAGGAGACUGAUGACGUUCCGUGUGGGGAACCAUUAGAAAUAACAAAGAACGACUUAGAGAACGUUAAAAAGGACCUGGAGAAAGUUGACCAAAUACUCCGGAGUGGAAUGUGUGACACUGUGGAGCCCAAAGAACACCACCUGGAUGUGCCAAAAAAACAGAAAGAUACCCAUGAGGGAGCCACUAAAUCUAUCAUUCCAACUAAAGUCCAAAAGCCUCUACAAAUAGAAGUCAAGUCCCCACUGGUUGAAGAUACCCCCAUUGGAUCCAUAAAGGACAAAGUAAAAGCCUUGCAACAAAAAGUAGAGAUGGAGCAAAAAGGAAAAAGUGUCGGUGGCAGAGUUCAACCUUUGCCAUCUUCUAAAAAAUUAAAAAAUAACAACUCCACAACAGGCCCUGUAAAAACGCCUGAAGCGGCAAAGGAGACUGUCUCUGUCAAGGAACUGAUGCAAGUCUUUCAGAAAGACAGAGGAACCUCAAAGACGGAGUUGGACAAGGCUAGAACAAGACUGGAAGAAAGCAGGAUUCAAAGGCCAGAAACCAGCAUCUCAAAAGAGCUAUCUCUGGAUUCAAAACCUAAAACUAGGGACAAAGCUGGUCGUGAUGAGGACGAUGACAACUCAGAAAGGGUCAUAGACUUACAGGGUUCAGAAACACCUCACCUUAGUUUCGAGAACAGCUACAAACAUGAAGGUCUCACCACUCCCUGCACAAGUCCUGAAAAUGUCUGUCUUUCUCCCAAAACUGAGCAAACCUCAGACCUGGAAAAGAUUGCAUUACCCGAUGACGACCAACUGUCUCCUGAAUCAACGCUCCUUGGUGUGCAAGACGAAUUCCAUGCAGACCAAAACAAGUCCAAAUCCCACUUGAAAACCGCUCCAAAACCAAGAGUAGAUAGUCUAGCAAACAGAACUGACGAGCAAAAGGAGAACAGCUUACGUGAUUCGAGAGAAAACCAAGGUCAAAGUAAUGUGACAGAUGAAGUCAAGGGAAGUGAUAUUGGUCAAGCAAGGGAUGUAUUCAAACCUCAGUUUUGUAUCUAUGAUGAUACAGAAGAGGCAGAAAAUCCGAGAACCGAGUCCAAAGGUGUCACCGCGAAGGUAGAAGCGGCAGCCAUAUGGUCUAAGGAUAAAGACGUCCCUUUUGAAGCUGGUCUCAAAGAAAAAGAAGAGGAACUACUCAAUCUAGUAUUGAGGGAAGAGAGUAGUCGGUCGCAGCAAGAAAGUCCUGCUACGACACCAGGUAAAACACCCACGGAGGAGAGCACGCCGACGAGCGAGCCCAACCCAUUUUUCUUCCAGGAGGGGAAGCUUUUUGAGAUGACUCGAAGUGGUGCUAUUGAUAUGACCAAAAGGAGCCUAGAGGAUGAGGUUGGCGGCGGUGGGUUUGCCUUUUUCCAGAUCGACGAACAAGCGGUGGUAGAAAACAUUGUGGCCUCUGCAAACUCGGAAGUUGGUCUCAAUCUAAAACUGCAGGUCAACGCCGAGGAGGGUGCCAACAAAUCUGAAGUAACUCUACCAGUUUCAUGUGAGGUUGAUCAGACUGCAUCUUGGAAAUCAAAAAGCCCUCAAAUGGAGUUCGCUUCUUCGAGCAAUCUUGCUACAGCUCUGGAAAAUCCAAAAUCAUCCGAUUUAGAUUCUAUGGAUCAAAUUAUAAUUAAUGUAGACUCAGCAGACACCACCAUAACAAGAUCCAUAUACUCCGAGCAGGGUCAGGAAUCAUCAGAUUCCUCCCCUGAAGAAUCAAAGUCUGUGAUAGAGACCCCCAAAUCCUCUCAAACCAAAUCUGAACUCUCUCCUGUGUCAAAAUCCAGAAUCCCCAUUAAAGCAAAGUCUUUCAAGUCGGUUGAGAAAGACAAAAGUCUUAAGGGACCACCUCGAAGAAAGUCAGAAACAGGACAGGACGCAGGAGGACCUAAAACUAAGAACCUAUCUGAGGGCGUCUCCACUAGACUGACUAGCAAAGCAGAGCCCAAAUCCUUCCAGUCCAGAUUGCCAGUCAAAGGUAAAAGUGGCCUGACUUCCUCCUCCAAGCUUCACCGUAAGAGGUCCGUCGAAUUCUUCGACGAGAUAACCGACGAGGCGGCCAAGGUCAUAGAAAGGCUGGCGGAGACCAAGAAAGAACAAAAGGCAUACACCAGUGAUGACAACCCAGAGGACGAGAGUGGUCUUAUCGAUCCGGCGGUAAUGGACACCUUCCCAGUUAGAACACAUCGUGAGGACCCCAUUCAAGGUCAAGAUGCAACAGAGUGUCCAAAGCAAACGUUUUUGAUGACAGCAGACCACUUGGGCUUCAGCUGGGCAGAGCUAGCGCGAGAACUGGGACUCAGCAAGGAGCAGAUCGAUUUGAUACGGAUUGAAAAUCCCGACUCCUUGCAAGACCAAAGCUACGCCCUUUUGAAUCACUGGAUGAAGGAAGAGGGUGCCACAGAAACCACACUCAUCAAGAGACUGACUGAGAUCAACAGAAUGGACAUCGUUCAGCGGAUCCAAACCAUUACAUGCUCUGAACAAGGCGUAGUGUCCAAGGAAUCCAUGAACUCGAAUCAAGCAAGCAGUGGUCUGCAAAAACAGGCGGCGGCGGGAUUUGAGAUGGAGCCUGCAAAGGAUAGAAAGGUUAGCCAGGUGGUGAAGACGAGGGUGGUGACGCGACAGAGGACAGACGACGUCAGAAGAAACACGGGCAAGAAGCCGGAUGGUCCACCUUGAUGCAGCACACACACGGAAUGUACAAUUGAAAAUCGACGCUGCAAUAUAUCCCGAUCGUUAAACUUCCGACUUUGCUGGGUUCUUCCUCCCCAUUUUUGCAUUUCGCUCUGCAUUUUUUUAAAUACUCAUUUGUGUUCUUUUCUGUGGCCAAAGACUGCACCAUGACUGUCCGUGUUUACCGUGAAAAUGUAGUGUGUGUGUUUUUACAGCAUUCUUUUACCAAGUAAUCCACAUUCGACUUGACUUGAUUUUCGUUGUUGUUUGUUGUUGUUGUUGUUGUCUGAAAGGAUUGAAUCACUCAUGAAUUGUUUGCACUUGUGUACAUGAAUAAACUUCCUAGAA